GCUAAGUUUAACACACACACACAAAAAAAGCAAAAAAAAAUCUUAUCUUAAAAAUCACAAAAACAAUGGUCACCUCACAUAAUAGUAUGACUCUUUAACAAAAUACAAUGCUUAUCACGCCGGCGGGUCCAUGCUGCAGCAUAGCCGGAUUACUCCUUUCCCGGCGCAUUUCUCGGCAGUUUUCUCAAAUAACGGAAUUACCAUCACGCACAAACUCGAAUACCCGUAACACCAUUUCAACCGUUCCUGCGACAUCGAGAGCUUCGAAGCCAUUACGGUGCGGUGCUCGGAGAAGGGUGAGAGACGACGGAGAAGAUGAAGAUGAAACGUACGGCUACAACGAGGAGAUAGCGAUGCUGGAGACUUAUAGCCAAACGUGUAGAGACGAAGCGCUUAUCGUGACGGCCAUUGUUGACGGUGAAGAGGUGGAAGUUCUGAUCUUCAAAGGAUUUUCGUCGUGUCUGAGCGGAGACACGGCGGUGGACCCGGCGAGGAGUGUGUUGCCGGAGAGAGCAGUGAUUACGAAGAUAGAUAGAGUGAGAGGUCCUUUCGAUCCUUCACAGAUUCAUUACAUUCAGAAAGGACUCUCUUUUCAAGCUUUCAAGGAGACUAUGGUCAAGUAAUGUUCUAGAAGAUAUAUAUAUACACUGUAUAUCAAGAGAGUGUUAUAUGGUCGAUGAAUGUUGCCUUUGGAUUAGUAGAGAGAAGAAUGCUAAUUUAAGUGAAUUGAUCCAGAGUUUUAUAUAUAUAUUAGUGUUGGUUUAUUUAAAC